CCGAUUUUUGUUAUGGGGUCUCUAUUGACGACAAACUGACAACUAAAAAUAUUGGUCACGUGACGUGUGCAGCCAUCUAUUUACAGAUGUCGGGAUCUGGUAAUCUUAGUGAAAUAUGUCAAUCUAAGCUAAAGAAAUUAACAAGUGAUGUUUCUAAUUGUUUGGAAAUAUUGGUGAAUUGUGCUGAAAUUGCUGAAGUUGCUCAAGCAGAAGGAGUCAGUACGUUUUGUGUGGAGACGGCAGUUGAGCAUUGGUGUAAGGUAAACUUAGAGACAUGGAAUACGUUUACCACAAAUUGGCAAUCAGGAAAAGCAUCUUUGUGGUUGUCACAGUUGAAGAAACUUCCAGUUAAUUGGACGACUGCUAUCAUUGACUUGAUGCUAACCAGAAGUUGCUACAGCUCUUUAUGUACGUACUUUGUUGCAGGAUACAUUGAUUUUAUAAUGCAGUGUUUUUUCGAUGUGAGAAAGACAGAAUCUUUUCACACUGCUAGUGCUACGUCGAACUCUGUGUACGCAACAAGCUUAAGUGAACCUAUAGUUGUAGCAGAGCCCCCUAAUGCUAUAGAGGUACCAUUUCUGUCUUGCUCACCAGAGGUUUCUGAUCGUUCUACAGCUGCCGCCACAUCUUCCUCUGAGAAAGAUUUAGUUGACUCAAAAAAACAGAAAGCUGAAGACUUAGCUCUGUCUUCUAAUGAAACUACUACAAGUGAUUGCUAUUCACGUUAUCAUUUGCCUGAUGCUGAGGAAAGUCUUCUCAAUAGUUGUUUUGAAGCUUUUGUGUACUACCUUCCAGAUGAUGUGUUGACACUAGAAAUACCAACUUUUACAGCCAGUUGGUUGUCGUCCGCUUUACGGUUUUCUUCAGCUUUUGUAACCCAAAGCGAAGAAAGGUUGACAGCCUUGUGUGCAAAAAUCUACAAUCAACUUACUGGGAAGGACGUUAUUGAAUUGACGUCUAGAGUGAUGGCAAAUCUAAACAAUCGUGUUCACACCAAUGGAUACGAAUACUCUAACAGUGUUAUAGAGCUAUCUGAUUAUUAUCUCAAUUACCACGCAGAACGAGGCACAAUUUCUGCCGCUCAAUUUACGGAAGUUUUGCAGUCAACGUUGUGGACAUGUCGCUCAUCGUUUGACUCUCCGUUUGAAGCAAUGGAAUAACUGUUGCAAUCAAAUGAAAGUAAAAAUGACUCGAUCGUAGAAGAUAAUGUCACGAAAAUAAUUGAACUAAUAGAUUUUACCAAGCUCAGCCAAGAUGCACUAGAGAGAGCGUCGGAAAAUAGUCACAUUCCCAGUAGAGUUACUAUGGAAGCUGCCGUUAAAGUCUGCUCUAGACUUAGGAAAGAACUCAGUGAAAGCCAAACAAACCGGAUCGCUAGGGAGCAUCAAAUCGAAUGUGAGAGAGAGCGGCACGAACAAGACAUGGUUAAGCUGCAAGGCCUACUUCGUGAAACAGAGACUAGAGUAAAUGAGCUAGAAUUGUUUCCUCGGUUGGACGGUACAUGGACUUACACAGAUCCAAGAACGACAAUCAAUUCAGGCUUUUGGGGGUAUGAACGUUCUUCAUUAUCUUUGUCUCUAAACAUAACCCAGGCUCAGAAACAAAAGAAGAAUGAAACGAUUUCCUUUACAGUAACAGCUAAGUCAAAUCAUUCUGGCGUACAUCGCUCUACAGAGCAAGCGGAAUCUUGUGAAUUCAGCGUAAGACCAGCAUACAUUUUACCGUUGAUAAAGGAUAAAAGUCCUGGACGUGAUGCUCAUGUCAAUAGCCAGUACACGUGGCAAACUUGGUAUGAAAGGAUGGGAUCAGCAUGCAGUGGAGCAAACAUUCCUUCCUAUCUAGUGUAUGAUGUAAUCGAUGAUCGUAUAUUUUCUCCAUGGCCGUCCACAUAUUCGACAAGAGAACUCUUGGAAUGGACUAAAUCUCCAUUAGACGUUUCAACAUAGACUUUUCGCAAACAAACAUGCUAUUUGUAGCAUUGCAUGUACAUGUAUUAUAACUGUCAGUCUGUCGACGCCAUGUCGGUGUUGUAAUCUAGUUUUGAUCAACGGCUGUUUUAUCGCAUGUGCAACUGUGUCUAGGGUAUACGAGAACCUAUUUAUAUAUUUUAC